AUGGAUCCUGAUUAUCAUGCCAAAUUUGCUAUACACGAGGCUACUCGUGAAGGGAAGAUUGAGUCUCUGCUCAACGCCAAUCCAAAGCUUGCUGUCCUGAGAGAUGGCGAUGACCGCUUGCCCAUUCACUGGGCUGCAGCUUACAAUCAAUUGCCCAUAGCUCGACUGUUAGCUUCUCAGAAAAAAUUUGAUCCAGACGUUACCGACUCUUCGGGAUGGACCCCUCUCAUGAUCGCGGCUAGUCUGAAGGACAAUGAAGGCCGGCCCAUGAUAGAGCUCCUUCUACAAAAGGGUGCAGACGUCAAUCUAAAAAGCGCCACAGGCCAGAACGCAAUUCAUUUUGCAGCCUCCAAGAGCAACACGGACAUUGUUCGUACUCUCAUCUCUAAUGAAUGCAGUGCCAGAGUCCGCGAUAAUCGAGGCCAACUUGCUCUCCACCGUGCCGCGGCAAUCGGCUCAGUUCCAAUACUCAAUAUCUUAUUGCGAGAAGGGAGAAGUCCACUGAAUGCUACGGAUGUGGAUGGGUUAACUGCAUUGCAUCACGCAAUUUCAGAAGGUCAUGGGGAGGCCGCAUUAGUACUCUUGCGCGCCGGUGCGGAAGUAGACAAAAGGGACAAUGAAGGGAGGUUGGCCAUUGAUUUGGCUCCUGAUAUCAAGGUUCGGAAGUAUAUCAUACAAGCCGCUGAGCGGGAAGGAAUUGAGUUGCCAUGA